AGCAGCCAAUCAGCGUGCAGCGGCUUGUGGCCUGCAGCCUGUAACAUUGGCGAUGGGCGUGUCCUGCCAGGAACACGAGUGUGAUGCCGAAUAACGCAACGAAGGUAGAGUUCAUGUUGACUUAGUUGACGUUUGCUAAGUAUAGUCCACGAACUGGCAGCCGUAGCGAUAUAUAACCGUAUUAUAUAAGAAUAUAACCGUAUUAUAUAAGAUAAAUAUGCGAGAAGCCGCCCGGGACGCAGACAAGGUCAAUGACGUCAUAACGCCGCGUCAACGUUGACUUUCCGCCACACUGCCGUUGAGUUCCACAUUGUGUCUCAAGUUCCAAGUUGGUGGCGGUUUCAGAAAAGGCUGGCCCAGAUAAUUUCUGGAACGCGCGACGAGACUGCCAAUGCGUGACUGCCGGCCGGAAACAUGAAUUACUCUCGAUUCCUCACGGCUGUGAGUGCCGCGAGGAAGCCGUCGCCCAUCAGGAUGUUGACCGAGCUGCAGCAGCGCUCUCCCCCGUCGCUGAUUUCACUGGCCGGAGGGGCGCCCAACCCCGACACGUUCCCCUUCGAGUCGGCCGUCAUCAAGGUCAAGAAUGGCCCGGCGGUCUCCUUCGAUGAGGCAGCCAUGAAAAGGGCCCUCCAGUACUCCGCCUCCAACGGAAUCCCCGAGCUGCUGGUGUGGAUGAAGAACCUGCAGAAGGACCUCCACGACCCACCGACGGCUGUCUACAGUCCGGAGAAGGGACAGAUGGAUGUGUGUGUGACCACAGGGAGCCAGGAGGGACUCUGCAAGGUCUUUGAGAUGCUAGUCAGCCCAGGAGAUGACGUCCUGCUGGACUCACCCACCUACCCCGGAACGCUGGCGGCGCUCCGGCCGCUGGGUUGCAACAUCGUCAACGUCCCGAGCGAUCAGCACGGCAUUAUACCGGCGGGCCUCGAGGAGGUCUUGUCCCGCUGGAACCGGUCAGACGUCCUCAGGCCCAAGGUCCUCUACACCGUUCCUAAUGGGGGGAACCCCACUGGAGCGUCCAUGACCGCACAGAGGAAGAAGGAAGUCUACGAGCUGGCAAGACUGUACGACAUGCUCAUCAUCGAGGACGACCCCUACUACUUCCUGCAGUUCGACGAGCCUUGGGCGCCGACCUUUCUCUCCAUGGACGAAGAUGGGCGCGUCAUCAGAACGGACUCCUUCUCCAAGAUUCUGUCUUCGGGCUUGAGGAUUGGCUUCGUGACGGGGCCCAAGCCACUGGUGGAGCGGGUGGUGCUGCACAUCCAGGCCUCCACCAUGCACACCAGCACCUUCACGCAGCUGAUGGUGUCACAACUCCUGCACAGCUGGGGCCAAGAUGGCUUUCUCCGCCACACGUACGGGGUGAUCCAGUUCUACAGAAAACAGCGGGACGCGAUGAUUAAGUCCGCUAACAAGUGGCUCACAGGUGUGGCCAAGUGGCACGCCCCCUCGGCGGGGAUGUUUCUGUGGAUUGAGCUGACGGGCGUGCGUGACACCCAGAAGCUCAUCAUGGAGAAGGCCUUGGAGGAGGAGGUGCUGCUGGUUCCAGGAGGUGUGUUCAUGAUCAACAGCGGCGAGCCAUGUCCUUUUGUCAGGGCGGCAUUUUCGCUGUCGACGCCUGAACAGAUUGACGAAGCUUUCAGACGCCUUGCAAGCCUCAUCCGAGAGGCCCUGUGACUUGGGACCUCUCCUCCUUUUUAUAUUUGAGUCAAAAGGAUUGUAUGGCACUUACAUGGAUUUCUGUCUAAUUUGGGCAUAAAAUGUCAUCUGUUUUCUUAAACAUUUACCACAUCAA